AUGCCCCGGCGUCACCCCAAGCCCGGGGCCCAGCAGGUGGCGCCCCAGGGGUUUCCCGGCGACGGCGAUCGCCGCAGGAGAGUCCUGCUGCUUCCCAGGCUGACUCAGCCCGAGCUCCGGGCGGCCCCCGGCGCCAAGUGUUCGGGGUGCUCUCGGACGUCGGUUGGCGCCGCCGGGUGGUGGCCAGACUCCAGAAGCGAGUGGUCACACCCCGAGCUCGUGGGGAGCUGCAGGAGCCCCCAGCCCCACUUGCCCGCCCUGCGCACCGUGACCCAGCGAGCGGCGCAGAACCCGCAGGGGGUCAAGUCGCCGCUGCUACCGCCCCUGCUAGUAGCCCACGCGCCCCAGGACCCCGCGCCUCAGCGCCGCAGGCCUGAACUGCGCGGGGACCCCCGGCGGGAUUCGGCCCGGGAGGGCCCCGACUUCUUGGGCGCCCUCCUGGGAGAGCUCCUCCCCAGCAGGUUCCGGCAGUUCCUGCGCCAGCUCCGGGUGCAGUCCAACUGUGAGACCCCAGGAAACACUCUUAACUGUUCCCACCCCUCGUGGCUCCCGGCAGCCUCAGCACUGCAGCAUCAGAGGGCGGUGUCCGAGUAUCUCCGACCCUCUCGGGGUUCCAGCUACUCCAUGCACUCAGACCUGCUGGGCCAAUCACCGUACCUCCAGGAGGGUCUUCCGGAAUUUUCGCUCCAUCAGAUACCAGCCCUGGGACGCCCGAGGAGAGAUCAGUCGCAACUCCACCUAGUCAAGGAACCCAAGCAACUCCACAACCCGCAGCCCCCCAAGCUCAAGGCCGUGCUCUCCCACAGCUCCUCGGGGGAAGCCUCUGGGCCCCACAGGCCACGGUGCCGCCCCUUCCGAGUGCGAUUCGCAGACGAGACCCUCCGGGACACAGCCAUCCGCUACUGGGAGCGCUACUGUGCCGGAUUCCUUUCUGUCCAGCCCCAUGAUGUACUGGGUCCUGAGGCCAGGGACUUCCACCGGGCGCCGGCCCCUCCUGUCUUCCGCAACAGCGCGGACAUGGAAGACUACUGGAGUCCCAGGCCCGCUGUGGGGCGAGAGUCAAGGAAUUCAUUCAUUGAGCAGCUGCUGCACACCAGGCUCUGUGGACAGGAGGGACGGCGUUCCAGCCUCAGGGAGCCGGUGCUUUGGUGAGGGAGGUGCGGACAGGCCCUGCGGCCCCAGGGCCCGGCACAGGGGUUCAGGCUCUGCUGCGGCCAACCCGAAAUUCUUAAUAAAUUUUAC